AUGUCGGACAGCCUGCACGGGCCAUUGCCGCAACUGCUCGCGACGCUGCUCUUCGUCUACGUCGUCUGGCGGCUGCUCAGGCAUGACAGGCCCCAGCCGAUGCUGCGCUCGGUCGCGAUCGUCGUGCUGGGCGACGUCGGGAGGAGUCCGCGGAUGAUGUACCACGCUGAGAGCUUUGCGAAGCACGGGUUCGAGACGCAUUUGAUUGGGUACAGAGGAUCCAAGCCCAUCCCCUCGCUCCUCUCCCUCCCGCACAUCCACCUCACCUACCUCUCCUCCCCGCCGCGCUUACUCACGCGCCUCCCCUUCCUCCUCUCCGCGCCGCUCAGAAUCACCCACCAAAUCAUCACGCUCCUCCACACGCUCCUCUUGCGCGUGCCGCACGCGCCCGAGUUCAUCCUAAACCCGCCGAGCAUCCCGACGCUCGCGCUCGCGCAGCUCGUCGCGCGCUGGCGCGGGAGCAAGCUCAUCGUCGACUGGCACAACCUCGGGUACAGCAUCCUCGCGCUGCGCCUCGGCGCGCGCCACCCGCUCGUCCGCGCAGCGAAAGUGUUCGAGGCGGCGUUCGGCCGCGCGGCGUACGCGCACCUGUUCGUCACGCGCGCGAUGCACGACUACCUCGCGGAGGAGUGGCAGCUCGUCGGGCACAAAGCGGUCCUGCACGACCGCCCCCCGGCGCACUUCCACCGCGCGUCCGAGUCCGAGUCGCACGAGCUCUUCCUCCGCCUUCUCCCCGCCCUCUCCACCCCUUCCCUCCUCUCCUUCCUCCCGCCCAGCACCCCGCCCUAUUCCACGCCCUUCACGCACGUCACCCCCACCCCCUCCCCCUCCUCGCCCACGCUGAACAUGCCCGCGCGCCGCGCCGACCGCCCCGCGCUGCUCGUGUCGAGCACGUCCUGGACGCCCGACGAGGACUUUAGCGUGUUGCUCGGUGCGCUGGGGGGGUACGAGCGGCGCGCGCGGGCGCGGGAAGGUGGUGGUGGGGGAGGGGGCGCGUUGCCGAAAGUGCUGGUGGUGGUCACCGGCAAGGGCCCGCUGCGCGACCGGUACAUGCGCGAGGUCGCGCGGCUCCAGGACGCGGAGGGGGGCGAGGGGUGGAGGUAUGUGCGGUGCGUGAGCCUGUGGCUCGAGGCGGAGGAUUACCCGGUGCUCCUCGGCUCGGCGGACCUGGGCGUGUCGCUGCACGCGAGCUCGUCGGCGCUCGACCUCCCGAUGAAGAUCGUGGACAUGUUCGGGUGCGGGCUGCCCGUGUGCGCGCUGGACUUUGCGUGUCUGCACGAGCUCGUGAAGGACGGGGUCAACGGGCUCGUGUUCAAAGACGCGCAGCAACUCGCAUCGCAACUCGAGGUCCGUUGUUUAUUUUUCUUUCUUAUAUACCCGUCCGAUCCCGACGCACGGCAGACGCUCCUCACCGCCUUCCCGUCCUCCCCCGCACUCGCGCGGCUCGCGCAGUCGUUCUCGCACACGCAGCUGCACCGCGACCGGGCGCUCACGGGCGCGGAGGGCGCGCACUGGGAGUGGGAUACUUGGACGGAGAACUGGGACCGGGUGAUGAUGCCGCUGAUACUGAGGGACGUGGACGGGUUCAAUACGGAGUGGACGUGA